CACACACACACACAGAUACACGCCGGUGUGUCAGUGAGUGUGCAGGCUGCACGGCGCGCGGUGCGUUUGGGUGUAAAACGGAGAAACGGGAAUAAAUAAAGGCUAUUUUGCAGAAAAAUCCGUCAUUUCUGAACGGACUUUGGUCGGGGAUCUUUGCCGCGCCUGUUCCGCCGCUUCCCCCGCUCUGACCUCUGACCUCUGACCUCUGGACGCUCUCCGCUGUUUCCGUGACGAUGACCUGCGUCCAUCAUCGUCAUCAUCAUCAUCAUCAUCAUCACACUCCCUCCUGUCACCAUGGCAACCCUGCUCAGUGAAGCUCUCGCCUCCCCCCCUCCGCCGCGGCGAUGCACGUGAUGGGCAGCGUCUCCCCGGCCAAUGACAGAGAGGUGUUCCAGGAAGAGGGCGGGGCCGUCGCCGCCCCCAUGUCUCCGCCUUCUCCCUCUUCCAGAUUCCACGUCGCCGAGGGCAACCGGGCCACACCUGCGACCCCUGGCCCCCCGCCCCCUCCUCCUCCUCCCGCUCCUCCUCCCCCUCCCCCUCCUCCUCCGCCCCUGGCCCCGGGCCUGGGAGACCCCGGGGGAGGCCUGAUGAGGAAGAAGAGGGUGAGGAGCUUUUUCUGGAAGACCAUCCCAGAGGACCAGGUGCGGGGGCGGGCCAACCUGUGGACUCAGGGUCAGGUGCAGCAGCAGCGCUUCCAGAUCGACGUGCAGACCAUCGAGGAGCUGUUCGGCCACAACGACUGUCAAUCAAAAGCUGGGGCCCCGCCCACCAGGGGGGGCAAGACCCGCGGCUCCUUCAGGGAAAACAGGGACGAGGUCUCCAUUCUGGACUCGAAGCGAGGGAUGAACGUUGGGAUUUUCCUCAAACAGUUCAAGAGGUCCAAUCAGGCGAUAGUCGACGACAUUCGCCAUGGCAACAGCGCAGCGUUUGGGGCGGAGCCUCUGAGGGAGCUGCUGAAACUCCUGCCGGAGACAGAGGAGGUGCGGAAGCUCAGCUCGUAUCGAGGUGACGUCUCCAGACUCUCUCUGGCCGACUCCUUCAUGUUUCUGCUGACUCAGCUGCCCAGUUACUCGGUUCGUAUCGAGGCUCUGCUGCUGAAGGAGGAGUUUCCGGCGGCGAGCGAAGCCAUGAAACGAGACAUCAAGACACUGCGGUCCGCCACCAGAGAGCUGCUCGGCUGCCAGGAGCUUCAUGCUGUUCUACACCUGGUGCUGCAGGCCGGAAACAUCCUCAAUGCUGGAGGCUAUGCGGGGAACGCCGUCGGCUUCAAGCUCUCGUCUCUUCUCUCUCUGGCCGACACGAAAUCCAACAAGCCAGGAAUGAACCUGCUGCACUUUGUGGCCCUGGAGGCCCAGAAGAAAGACGACAAGUUGCUGGAGUUUCCUGGGAAGCUGCAGCACGUCCAGAGUGCAGCACGGAUCUCCGUGGAAACGCUGGACGCCGACCUGCAGUUGCUGACGUCUCGGCUUCGCUCGGUCGAGGAAAACGUCCGAGGAGACACAGAGCUGCUGCAGCAGCUGGACGGCUUCCUGCAGGCGGCCGCGGCCUCGCUCGGCGCCCUGCGGGGCAGCAGGCAGCAGCUGGGCUCGGAGGGGGGCGAGCUGGUGGACUUCUUCUGCGAGGACAGAGACACGUUCAGGCUGGACGACUGCUUCAGCGUCUUCCACCACUUCUGCCUGAGGUUCAACACCGCCGUCAAGGAGAACGUGGAGAGGGAGGCGAAAGAGGCGGCCCGUCGCCGUCGGUUACGGGAGCUGGAGGAGCAGAAGAGGCACUCCUGGGCGGGGGGCGAAGAGAUGGGCGGAGCUUUCGGACUGCGCUGCAGGAGCGAGACGGACGUGGACGCCGCCGCGUCUCGGCACGACGAGGCGGGGCUGCUGAUAGAGCUGCUGACCCCUAAGCCCCGACCCCGCUCGCCCCUCAACUCCACCUCCAGCUCCCACAGUCCCCUGGGCCGCUCAGGAAGUUUACGCCGCUCGCGGAACUCUCCGUCCGGCUCGCCGUCCGCCACCGCCGAGCGCGAGCUGAACACGAUGCUCAGCAAGGCGGCUAUCAGCCCCAAAAAGACCACGACCACGACGACCGCCGCCGCCACCGGGAGGCUGCUGAGUCCUGCACAUGUCCAGAGGAGAGGAGGCGGGGAGGCGUCGCCUGAAGCCGGGCAGAGGAGUUUGCCGCCGUCGUCUCCAAAGCGCUGUUUCCCCCACAACCAGCCGCCUCACGUUGGGGAGACGGCGCCGCAGAGCCCGUCCUCGCCUUCCAGGACUUCAGGACGUCCAGAAAACAUCUCAAACACACACCACGCAACCGCCACUUACCUCAACCGCGACGCCUCCAAAGCGGGAGUCGACGCUGCGGUGAAACCUACCUCCGAUCCAAACCAGCGACACGACACCGACGACAGCGGCAGAGAUCAGCUCGAGCAGGACGUCGGCGGCCAGGAGACACUCUCAGACCGUCAAACGGACUUUGUGUUGAAAGACAAGACGGACGAAAAUCCUGAAACCGCUGAAAAAUCUCAAGCGGGGCAGGAUGGCGGCUCCAAACCCGGCGGCAUGUCGGUGACCGUGGAGAGACGCAUGCUGGUGCCUGAGCUGCAGGCUUUCAACGAUACCGCCGCCCCGAGCGACCACGGCGAUCAGCACCAUCACCGCCGUUUCCGUGGAUACGACCGAGACGACGUGGUCAUCACGGAUUUGGAAGAACCAGAGAAACCCCAAAUCGAGGAGGAGCGAAUCGGGAAGACCGACGCAUCCGAGGUGGAGAGUUCAGACAGGAAGGAGGACCGGGUGGUUGUGUGGUGUGUGACGGGUGUGUGUGAGGCAGCCAGCGAGCUCACACACACACUCACACACUCCAAAGGCACACACACAUACACUGAUGACACACAAACUGAGAAGGAUCCGUGCAGGAGCGACAGCCGACAAGGAAACGAGGACGCAUCUCCUUUCCCGGCCAAUCACACGCCUUCUGGAUCGCAGCCGUCCAAUGAGCAGACAGUGCCUCUACCAAUCAGCAGCCAACCGGUGCCUGUUCCCCGAGGUGAUGACCCGUCACUUCCCGCCUCUUCGGCCAAUCGGCCGCCAGCAGAGCCUGAUGUAGCCAAUGAGACGCCUGAUCUCGCCGCCGAUGCCUCGGAGCAGCAGCUAACCAAUCACGGGGGAGAAGCAGAGGACUCCACAGCCAAUGAGAGGAGACGAUCAGAGAACCUGCCCGAACAUUCAACAGAUGACAAGAGCCCAAAGGAGAGCGCUCGCCAUCACGCAGCCAAUGAAAAGACGGACUCGGAUUCCUCGACCAAUGGGAAACAAGAGGCGGCAGUCGCACCGUCGAAAGCACGACCAAUCAAACCCCGAAGCUCCGCCUCCCCGUCCAAACCGCGGCCCGUGCGCACGCUGACCGGCUCCGAGAACCAGGGCAUGAGGAGGGUCAUCCCCAUCUCCAAGCCCAGCCGCGGAGCUCCGUCCCCGGGCAAACGACCGCCGGAGAAGCCCCCGGUCAUCCAGGGAUCUCACCAGCGCCGCAAACCGCCGCCGCCGCAACCCAGACCGCCGCCGGAGGAGAAGAUGUGUCGCUCCACGCUGCGGGCGCUCGCUCAGGCCGGCGUGGUGGGCGGAGUCGGACCAGGAGGCGGGAGCGUCAGCGCCCCCACCACCCCCUCCCAUAAAGCCGCCGCCCCGGCAUCGCUUCCCAGCUUCGCCCGGAACACCGCCUCCUCCUCUUUCAGACGCACUCUCGCUCCUCCUCCUGCUCCUCCUCGCUUCCCGCGCCGGGGGUCUGACUCCUCCCCCAAGCCCUCCCCCAAGCUGACCUCCUCCUCCUCGUCCAGCACCUCCCCUCUCGCCCGAACAGGCUCCCUGAGGGUGUCCAAAUCCUCCGUCCUUGUUUCCUCCUCCUCCUCCUCAUCCCCUCUCCUAACCCUGAACCACGACUCCCCGCUGAGGAGGUCCCAGAGCAUCCGGGCGCCUCCUCGCUCCUCCCUCCUCGCCUCCUCGCCGGCUCCCCCUAAAGGCCACAGGAGGAACAACAGCGGCAGCUUCUCCGACAAGUCGUCUCACUCCAAGGAUUCGGUCAAAGCCGCCAAGCCGUGCUGGAGAUAACAGGAGAAACCGGCGGCCGCGUUCCAACACGAAGUGUGCGCGCCGUCUCCUGUCCCCUUCCUCUUCGUCUUCGUCUGGAGAAAAGUCAGAGGCUACAUUCCAACACAAAAUAUGGACACUGUCUCCUGUCCAGGUUGUGUCUCGUGCCUUUUUUAAUCAACUGGAGGAUAAGAGGCUGUGUUCCAAUAUGAAGUACACACAGCGUCCUAGUUCCUACAGGAGGACAGGAUGAAUUCCUCGGUUACAUUCCAACAUGAAGCACGGGGCACUGUUUCCGGCUGUCGUGGGUAAAGAGGCUGCGUUCCAACAUCAAGACCAAACAGUCUCCUGAGAAAGUUCUCGAACCCGGCCGGAGACAAAGCGCACAUUCCAUUAUGAAACACAUCAUGCGCACUAUCCGCUUUCAGUAAGAGGACAGUAAGAGGCUGGGUUCCAAUAUGCAAAGCAGGUUGUUUCCUACACGCUUGUGCGAAGCCCCACCGGCCUCGAUGGAAAGGGAGGCAAAGACGUUCCCAGGUGACCUAUGCAAAGCGUCCUGUCCAUGGGAAUGCAGAGGCCACGUUCCAAUAUGAAGAAGAAAUCAGUGUUUGGGCUAAACUGUCAAUCAUCUGAGGAGAUUUUAUUCUAGAGGUGAUGAGUCCCAAUAUGAAGUAUUCCCAAAUUCUCCUUUCUAGAGGGAUAAAGGGAAUAUUGUUGCCAUUGGAGGCAGGGUUCCAAUAUUUACAAGCCUGCUCCCUCCUUGUUUUUUUUAUAAAGGUGGAUACAGAGGCCGUGUUCCAAUAGGAAGUUCACAGGCCUCCUGUCCCCAAAGACCUUGUGUUCCAGGAGUCUGCGACGUUGAACGGAGGAAACACUCCAACACCAAUCACAUGAAGCCUUUUUCCCCUAGAAAGAAACAAACUACAUGCCAAUAUUCAUAACCUCACAGCUUCCUGUACCUGAGGCUAAAUAAACCAGGUAGAGGUGGGGGGCCACAUUCCAAUAUGAAGCACACACAGCCUCCUGUCUUGGGCUGUUAGGACUCGAAAUCCAUCAAGACGUUUGCUGAAUUAAAAUAAGAACCACACACAAUGUCUCCUGUUUUUACAGUCGGGGCCAGUUCCACUAUGAAGUCAACCAGGCCGCCUUUUCUUGCUUACAGCUCCCUGAAAAAUUCCAAAUAUAAUUACAUAAAGCUUCCUCUCUAACUGAGGUUUAGAGGUUGUUGUUUUUUUUCUCCCACAUGGAAUAAACUAAACAUCCUGUCUUUGGGUUAAAUAGGUGUAAACCUGCUCGCCACGUUCCAAUACUAACCACAGACAGUGGCCUUUCCCUUUGAGGUUGAGGGCCCAUUCCAAUAAAAACAACAGUGCAGUCAGCAUUGAUUUUAAUAAAUCAGUCGCAUUAUUUUGACGCCUGAAACUGAACUGGAAAGGACAGUGAGUAGAUACGAUUCAUGACAAAAAAUAAUAAUAAAUUACACUGGUGUGCCGAGGCUGCAUUCCAAUAUUUACUAACCCCUCCUUGUCUGUGGAGCUUUGAGGCCUCAGUUUGUGCCGACAGCGGCCCCAUUCCAACAUGUAGGAUACAAACUUCCUUCGCUCAGAGACGCAAACUCCCUCGCUCAGCGGCAAAAUGAUUUUUUUACUCGCCAAAGUGAAUUUAAUAAUUUUACAUUAAAUUCUUUGGCGUUUAGAAUCCAUUUAAUUAAGAUUAUUUCCUCUUUUCGAAGUUUAGACAAAAGUUCAAGUGCAAAAGUGGGAACGAGAUGCCACGUAGCCUAAUUUCCAAAUUAUUAAUCCCCCACGUUAUCGUAGGUUUUAUUUAAAGGUUUUUCAAAGAUGGCGAUACGAAAAAAAAAAGUGUUAAAAUCUGUGCAGCGUUCAAACGUUUCAGCGGCAGAAAUGUAAUUUUAAGUUUUUGGUAAGCAGCCGAGACAAUCGAUGUAGAGUUUCUGAUUCACACACAGAGAGCUAUUUUAAUAUCAAUACUGGACUCUGACAUGGUUAAAAGCACAAGAAACUUUUGUAAACCAGUAAUCAGUUUUAUAUUCAAAUGAAGGAGAGCGAGUGAGGAGAAAAUCAAAGGAUGGAGGGAGGAAGUGACAAGGAAAGGAAGCAGGGAAGGAAGAAGGAAAGAAAAAGGAAAGAAAGAAAGGAAGGUGUUGUAGGAGGUAUUUUUUUUUUUUUAGUAUAACAAGACAAACCCCUGACAUUUAUGCAGCGAUCACAGUGUUUAUAUGGUGAUUCAUCUCAAUUAAUUCUGAUUUGUGAUUCUGCGUUCUUUAUUCUUCACUCUGAAUGAAAGAACGCACACGUAUAUAGCCUCUUUAAUCUUUUAUUUUCUAAGAAAUGGCUUUAUUUUGAAAAGUUUUUGAAUGCUGCGCCUGCUGGAAUCUCUGUACAUGUGGCCUGAUCUGAACAGAAUCCGUGUUAUUAAUUAUUAUUUUUAUGAUUAUUAUCAUUAUUGUAUUUAAAGAGAAGUAAAAAUGAGUGACGAUGUAGAUUUACCAGCUCAGCGGGGAUUUUCUUUCUGCUUCUGGAAGUUUCCUGAUUCAAAGCGACUCACCGAGGAAAAGCCUCUCGUGCCAAGUGAUGCUGAUAAAUAAAUAUAUUUGUAAGGUUAUAAAUAUGUAUUUAUGUAUGUAUCUGUAGGGUUUGAUAUGUAUAAUCUGUCUAGUGAUGAAUAAAGUUUUCCUCCUGGA